AUGCAUAAGAUACGUCUCUUCUACAGCUCGCUGUCGCUGUUCUUCCCCAGAAUGCCAAGGAGGUUGGCCAAGCCCUGGUGCAAAUGCAUUUCUAGCACGUGGGCAUUUAAUGCAGCCGCGGCCCCUGCAGAUCUCAAUAGGUUUGUUGCUCGGACCAAAACCUGUGGGGAACUGUGCUCUGCCGAUGUAGGUCAGGAAGUUACAUUGUGUGGAUGGAUUCAGUAUCGGAGGCAGGGGCAGUUUGUGGUUUUGAGAGACUUCCAGGGACUCACCCAAAUUCUCAUUCCUCAAGAUGAGGCUGCUUCCCAUCUGAAGAAGGUCUUAUGUGACGCGCCGGUUGAAUCUGUGGUGAGAGUGACUGGGAUGGUUGUUUCCCGGCCUCCAGGACAGACUAACCCUAGAAUGCCUACUGGUGAGAUUGAAGUGAAGGCAGAAACGGCAGAAGUCCUCAACUCCUGUAAGAAACUACCCUUUGAAAUGAAAGAUUUUAUCAAGAAAAACGAAGCCCUGCGAAUGCAGUAUCGGUAUUUAGACUUGCGCAGCAUCCAGCUGCAGCACAACCUACGACUGAGAUCCCAGGUGGUGAUGAAAAUGCGGGAAUACCUCUGCAACUGCUAUGGGUUUGUGGAUGUAGAGACUCCAACGCUGUUCAAGAAGACCCCUGGGGGCGCAAAGGAAUUCCUGGUGCCCUCGCAGGAACCUGGAAAAUUCUACUCACUCCCUCAGAGUCCUCAGCAGUUUAAGCAGCUACUGAUGAUAGGAGGCUUGGACAGGUACUUUCAGGUUGCUCGCUGCUACCGAGAUGAAGGCUCAAAGCCAGACAGGCAGCCUGAAUUCACUCAGAUUGAUAUUGAGAUGUCAUUUGUAGACCAGGCUGGUAUUCGGGCGCUGGUUGAGGGCUUGCUUCAGUAUUCCUGGCCUGAGGAAAAGGGGUCCCUUGAAACACCCUUCCCUUCAAUCAGCUACAGUGAGGCCCUGGCUGUCUAUGGGACUGAUAAGCCAGACACUCGCUUUGGAAUGAAGAUUGUUGAUGUCAGUCAUGUGCUCAGGAAUGUGGAAGCUGGAUUUUUACAGAGAUCCUUCAAUGAGCCUGAGGGCACAGUUAAAGCCAUUUGCAUUCCCCAAGGAGCAAAACACCUUCAGAAUAAAGACCUGGAGUCAUUAAAUGAAUUGGCUAAAUCCCAGUAUGACCAGGAAAUAAUGCACUUCAUUUUGAGAUCCGAUGGUAGCGUGAAGUCUCAACUCUGUAGAUACCUAAACGAAGAGCAGAAGUUGGAACUCAUCAGAACAGUUCAGGCCAACACAGAUGAUGUGGUGUUGUUGGCAGCUGGAGGUCAUAAGAAAGUGUGUUCUGCGUUGGGAAAAGUGCGCCUGGCAAGCGCCAAUCUUUUGGAAGAAAGAGGUGUGCCACUCCGCGACCCUUCUGCAUUUCACUUCUUGUGGGUGGUGGAUUUCCCACUGUUCCUCUUGAAAGAAGAAAACCCCAAUGAAUUGGAAUCUGCUCACCACCCCUUCACUGCCCCAUUCCCUUCUGAUGAACACCUCCUCUAUACUGAGCCUGCAAAGGUUCGAGGUCAGCACUAUGACCUAGUGCUGAACGGUAGUGAGAUUGGUGGUGGCUCAAUUCGAAUCCACAACGCAAAGCAACAACGUUUCAUUCUUGAGUCAGUGCUGAAGGAGGACUGUGAGCUGCUUUCUCACCUGCUUGAAGCUCUGGAUUCUGGAGCGCCCCCUCAUGGAGGAAUUGCACUAGGACUUGACAGGCUUAUCUCCCUCAUCGUUGGGGCUCCCAGCAUUCGAGACGUCAUCGCGUUUCCCAAAUCCUUCAGGGGAAGAGACCUGAUGAGCAGUGCUCCAGAUUACGUUGCCCCGGAAGAGCUUGAACCAUAUCACAUCCAAGUUGCAUGGCCUUCAGCACAAGCCAAGGCCAGUGCCAACUGA